CUGGUCAGUGUCUGUGGUGGAAAAGCAGUCAUGAUGCGAUUUUGGAUCUUGUUUGCAGUGGCCUUUAUGGCCCAUGUGGCUUCUGCUGCCACAAAGAAGAUAGAAAAUGACGAAGACAGAAUGGCCGUUUUGGACAGAGGUCGCUUUAUAUUCGGAGCAGCUUCGACCACCACCUACACCAGCAUCGUGGCUACCACUUCCACUGUCUUCCUCUCCUGUCUUUCAGCUACUGCGGCUACAGUUUGCGAAAGGAGGAAGAGGUGGGCCAGACCUCAUCUUAAAAACCUUCGGAAAGAGAUUGCUGUUGCUUUAGCCGACACAGAGCUAGAGACCAGUCUGGACCCCAGUGAAGUACCAGACUACGCCAGCAAUCCGGAAGAAGCUGGAAAGCAGGAUUUGGACGAUGGGAAAUUGGCGCUCACCGUUUGGACCACAACCAGAGUCUCUACAACCGUCACGGUCUUCUACACGAACACCUCCACUACAGUCACGUUGAGCUUCGGUUGCGUUGUCGGUGGUAUGAUCCGUCCAACUCAGAGGUGUUAACGUUUCCUGUCCAAUCUUCUCGAAUAUGAAUAGCUUCGAUCACGGAUAAACGCCCAAUCUUCACUGGGCUGAAGACCAUGACACUCCUUUGAUAUAAAGAAGAAUCUGCGAAUUAACAUCAAAAGCAAAUGGCAGAUUCUAACACUACUCUAAAACUACACAGAUAACCUUCCAUUACAUCAACACUCUUUAUUUUUAAAUAAAUAUAUAAAUUAUAUGUUACAAAGUCUGAGCCAUUUAGGCUACUUAUAAGCAUUAAAAUGUAAGAUGAAGAAA